UGGCAUCCUUUGGGCUUGGUGGCAACCUUUUGUUAUAAUACGAUUGAAAUUGUUGGUUGAAUAUGGAUAUUGGGGAACUGUUGGCAUUUAAGCCGGAGCAGACACCAAAGCGACCGCAUGAGGACGACGAUGACUUCGCGCUGCCUGAGCCGGCGAGUAGUGAUAUUGGAAAACGGGGCGGCGGCGAUGAAAAGUCAAAGCGAAUGCGUCGCAUUGCGGACGCCAAGGAAACGGCAAACUACAGAAAGUCACAUGAUGGCAAUGCGGCAGGGUCGGGGUCGGGGUCAGUUGGCGCCAGUUCAUUUGAGUUUGAUCCUGAGCUAACGGAGGAGGAGCGUCUCAAUAUACUAAAAUACGUUGAAAGUGAAGAAGCCGAAGGUGAUGUUUUGGAUGAGCAGGGUCUUAAGAAGCUGAUACUUGUGUUUGAAAAGCGAAAUCUAAAAAAUCAAGAGAUGCGGAUCAAAUUCUCGGAUAAUCCGGAGAAGUUCAUGGACUCGGAACUCGAUUUACACACGGUAAUACAGGAGCUGAAAGCAGUGGCCACAGUGCCAGAUCUUUAUCCGCUGCUCGUCGAGCUGCACGGCCUGCACAGUCUGCUGGAGCUGUUGGCACAUCAAAAUACAGACAUUGCAGUGGCCGUCGUUGAUCUGCUGCAAGAAGUCACUGAUGUGGAUAUUCUGGGUGAGAGCAGCGAGGGAGCUGAGGCGUUAAUCGAGGCACUGCGCAAGGAGCAAAUCUGUGCUUUGUUGGUUCAGAAUCUUGAACGUCUUAACGAGCAGGUGAAAGAAGAAUCCGAUGGAGUGCACAAUACGCUGGCCAUUGUUGAGAAUUUGACAGAGAUUGAUGGCGAAUUUGUGCGCGAGGCGGCUACUCAAGGUCUGCUGGCAUGGAUAUUGAAGCGUCUUAAGGGCAAAUCACCCUUUGACCCAAACAAACUGUAUUGCAGCGAGAUACUGUCCAUAUUGAUACAAACAGAGAACGAAAAUCGCCUACUCCUUGGCACAUUGGACGGCGUGGAUGUGCUGCUACAACAGUUAGCUGUCUACAAGCGUCAUGAUCCGGCCAGCAACGAAGAACAGGAGUACAUGUCCAACUUAUUCAACUGCAUGUGCUCCGCACUGAUGGCACGAGAGAAUCGCGAUCGGUUUCUUAACGGCGAAGGAUUACAGCUAAUGAAUCUGAUGCUCAGAGAGAAGAAAAUGUCGCGCAAUGGAUCUCUUAAAGUGCUCGAUCAUGCUAUGGCUGGCCAGGAUGGGCGCGAGAACUGCAAUAAAUUUGUAGAGAUUCUCGGUCUGCGCACCAUUUUCCCCUUGUUCAUGAAGACGCCAAAGCGCAACAAGCAGCGUCUGCUCUCCGUGGACGAGCACGAGGAGCAUGUGUGUUCCGUAAUUGCAUCCAUGCUGCGCAAUUGCAAAGGGACCCAACGCCAGCGUAUGUUGGCCAAAUUCACGGAGAACGAUCACGAGAAGGUUGAUCGUCUGCUGGAGCUGCAUCUCAAGUAUUUGGCCAAAGUGGAGGCCAUUGACAGAGAAAUUGACCAACAGCCUAAGCAGGAUAGUGGCAUCGAUGAGGAUGAAGAGGCGGAGAAUAAUUACAUUAAACGAUUGACUGGCGGUCUGUUUACGCUGCAGCGGAUCGACUAUAUCCUGCUGGAGGUUAGCGCCACCACGGAGACGGUCAAGCAACGGGUGCUACAAAUUCUAAAUUUACGCAGCGCUUCAAUGAAAACCAUCAGAAGCAUCAUGCGUGAGUACGCUGGAAACUUGGGAGACGGCGACACCGACUGGCGGGAACAGGAACAGACGCAUAUACUUUCUCUAGUCGAUCGUUUCUAAAGCAGCUCCUUAACUCUCUCCCUACAAUAACUAGCUACAUACAAGCAUAUAGCUAAAUAAAUUAAAACGUCCAUUGGCGAACCUUUGAUC